UGUUUUAUUUGACAAUGCCUGACAGUGAUAAGGUAAUUUUCAAAAUUAAACUUCUUUAAGUAUGAAUUCUCAAGAUAAUAUUGAGAAAUAUCUGGAGGAUAGCAUUAAUGAAUAUUUAAAAAGUCAACAAGACAUAACAGAAUUUGGUUUUCAUUAUCCAGAUUUUACAGCUGAGGAUGAAGUUAGUGAACCUGGCAUCAAAAAAGAUUAUAGUAUCAUAGAAGAGCUACUUAAUGAUAUUUUAUAUGAUGUAGAUAGAACUAUUGUGUAUCAGGAGUUGUACAAAAAGGCUCAAAAGAAACAUCAUCAAUAUGCUCUAUUUGAUCUAGAUGAUUUUGUGCCUGGUUUCAAUAUUGAUAAUGAUAUAGCACAACAAAUGUGUUUUAAAGAGCUGCUUCUAAUUAGCAGUGUUGACCAAUCAGUCACUAAUAUCACAGACGGUAUAAAACCAACUGGUGUUGGAGGACUUUGCUUAAAAAUAGAACUAGGAGAAGGCUUGCCAAUGAUGGAUAAACCUCCAAAAAAGGAGACUAAAAAAAGUCUUGCAGAAAAAAUAUCAAAAAUAAAACAAGGACUAAUGCCGCAGGCUCACGAAAAAACGUCCGAACAAUCACUAGAAAGCGGAGAAGAGCGUUUGCAAAAAUACGAGUCUUUUCUCGAGGAAGAAAAACAGACAGUGUUGCGAAAGUUCGUCAUCCAUAUGUCAAGCCAGUUUGACGUAGACGGUUGCAACGCCGGAUCCAGGUUGGUGACUUGGGUCGAUCAACAACUUCACACCCUAGAAGAACGAAGAACAGAAUACAUAUAUGACGAAGGUGAAACUCCAAUCCAGCAAGUUCUAUAUACUGCUCUACAACAAGACAAGUACUACGUUAGGCACCACGCAAACAUCGAAAAAGAAUCGGAAACCAGAAAGUACUAUCCUUUAAGCAAAGCUAAAGAUUAUGUGGGCGAAGGUGCCAAUUUUCUUUUGAUGCGAUACCUCGCUAUAACUCGAUACGUGGGCACUUUUGAACUAUCGACGAUAUAUAUAAAUGGAAGCAUGUGUCGAAAUAUAUACGAAUGCAAAGGAGCAACACCAGGAUUUGUAAACAACAAUCCAGUAGAUAUCUGCAAGAUAUACAGGAUAAUCUAUGAAGAGUGCGGUUUGGUUCAUAUAUCUGUAACUGUGAUGACGGUAUAUGGGAUGAUAGUAAGUCAAGAAUGGGAAGGAUGUUCAUAUAUUAUCCAUAUAAACCCACUCAUUGCGACCGUGGGAAAACCAGUACCUUAUGACCAAGUAGAACUAGUGAAAAGUUGGCACACUGAUAUGCAACUGUUGUCCAAAUAUUUAGACUGCAAGGCUGAAGCCGAGCUGAAAAUGAAAACCUACUUGAAAGAUCACCCAGAAAUCAACGAUAUGAUCGGCGAUUAUAUGCAGAGUAUUUUAUUAUUGAAACCCGAAAACAUUAUGCCAUUUACCCUCGACUACUUUACGAACUUUCAACCCUUCAAAAUACCCGAAAAACAGUAUUUUUAUGGUACAAAUGGGGACACGGAUGGUAACGGAGGAUAUUGGUGAUUUACAAAGUUAUAUAUGUAUAUAAUAUAUUGUAUGUUUGUAAAUUAUUGCGGUAAAUUCAAAUAAAAAAUUUAUCUGGUA